GCGUCACAAACCGGAAGUGGUAACACCAUAAGCGGUCCCCUUCUGAUCAUUAUGUAGCUGUUAUGUAGUCGGACCAGUUUUAAACAUAUAACAUUAGUAUUUCACUCAGAAUGGCUUCUUUAAAAUCAGCUCUUGUUUAUUCCAACCGGGUGUUAACGACUCUGAAGAAACAGACACAUGUUAUUUAUAUCAAGAGGACUCUCCUCCUGCCCAGACUGCCUCUCUUUCGACGUGCAGAAGGCAGGUUGAUCAAUUUCGGGCGACAGUCGGGCUCCACAGCAGCCGAGGUGCAGAAAGGAGAAGACUCCUUCCUCAAAUGGUUGCUGCUGCUCAUCCCGGCCUCCACCUUCGGCCUUGGUACAUGGCAGGUGAGACGGCGUCAGUGGAAGAUGCAGCUGAUAGAUGAGCUGAACAGACUCACGACUGCUGAGCCCAUCCCUCUUCCUCUUGAUCCUCAUGAGCUGCAGAGCCUGGAGUACAGACGGGUGAAAGCACGAGGAUAUUACGACCACUCUCAGGAGCUUUACGUCCUCCCCCGCUCUCCUGUGGACCCCGAGAAAGAGGCCCGAGAGGCGGGCACGCUGUCCUCCAGUGGAGAGACCGGCGCUAAUGUCAUCACCCCGUUCCACUGCACCGACCUCGGCAUCACGAUCCUGGUGAACAGAGGGUACGUGCCGAAGAGGAAGAUCAGACCAGAGAGCAGAACGAAGGGACAGGUGGAGGGUGAGGUGGAGGUGGUUGGAGUUGUGAGGCUGACGGAGAUUCGUAAACCCUUCGUACCGAGCAACGAUCUGCAAAGGAACCACUGGCACUACCGUGACCUGGAGGCCAUGAGCGGUGUCACCGGAGCAGAGCCCAUCUUCAUCGAUGCAUGCUUCGAGAGCACUAUUCCUGGUGGACCAAUAGGAGGACAGACAAGAAUCACACUGAGGAACGAACACAUGCAGUACAUAUUAACAUGGUACGGCUUGUGUGCAGCGACCUCCUACAUGUGGUUUGCAAAGUUCAUCAAGAAGAUCAAACUGUGAUAUGUUCAAAUGCAGCAAACCUUGCAUUAUGUAUAUUGCAAAGCACAUAUCUGAUGUAGCUGAUGUGCUGCAUUGACUCGCUGAUGGAUUUGUAAAUACUUGUGUAUUAUUCUCCUGAAACCUAUAUAAGAGAAUAAAUAGAAAUCUAAGUUA